UCACAAAUUAAUAUAAGGUUAGGUAUUUCCGUCAGUCAUCAUUAUUCGCUACUAGCAGUGAAUGUUUGAAUAAACUAAACUGUUAUUUUCAUUCGUUUUUAAUUGAAUUGUAAAAUGGGUUCGGUAAAAGAAAUAACCGAUGAAGCCAAUUUUCAGGCUGAACUGUCUAAUGCGGGCACCAAGCUCGUCGUAGUGGAUUUUACAGCCACUUGGUGUGGGCCCUGCCGAACGAUGAGCCCAAUAUUCGAGCAGUUGGCUGCCAAAUUUCCACAGUCUGUGUUUUUAAAAGUUGAUGUUGAUAAGUGUCAGGAAAUUGCAGCUGCACAAGGAGUAUCAGCAAUGCCCACAUUCAUUUUCUUCAGAAAUAAGGUUAAAAUAGCCCGAAUGCAAGGAUCUGAUUCAGCCGGGCUAGAAAGUAAAAUUCAACAAUACUCUAAGGCUUCAGAUGGUGAGGAAGGCGAAGUCGUUGCCGGACAAAUGGACUUAUCUCCGUUCAUCACCAAUUCCGAAUGUGAAUGCCUUAAUGAAACAGACGAUCAUCCCCUCGCUCAUGCUCUGACUUCGGGGGGUGGAUUUCUGCAAUCCGACUGUGAUGAACAAUUGAUAAUUUCCAUUACUUUCAAUCAGUCGGUGAAGAUUCACAGCCUAAAGUUUAAAGCUCCUGCCGACAAAGGUCCAAAACACGUGAGAAUAUUCAUUAAUCAACCUAGAACAUUAGAUUUCGACUUGGCGGACGGUUCUAACAGCGUUCAGGACUUGGUGAUACCGCAGGAAGACUUGGAAGGAAACCUCGUUAAUCUGAGAUUUGUUAAGUUCCAAAACGUCCAGAACAUUCAGCUAUUCAUCAAAGAUAACCAAUCAGGAAGCGAUGUUACCCAAAUUGACCAUUUAGCAUUCAUUGGAUCUCCCAUUAACACUACAAACAUGGGGGAUUUCAAGAGGGUAGCAGGAAAAAAAGGAGAGAGCCACUGAAAACACAAUCGGAUUGUAAUGGAGUAAAACUUGAAAAUUUCCCUAUUUCGUAUAGUUUCUAUCAAGUUUAAUAACAGUUUAAAUGCGUAAUUCUGUCGAGACUAAAUAAUUUUUUAAUCAUUAAAAAGGACAUUGUCGCCUUAAUAAAGUUUAUGUUAAUUUA